AUGCUUGCAACUUGGCCUACAGCAAGAUUCAGGUGGAGUGCGACGUGUGCCGGGCCUGCUCCAUCCAGGAAGCCGGGUGCGGAGUGCACGGCAUCCGACCCCUUCGACUGCUUGGCCGCGCUGAACAACUUCUUCCGCGCUUGGUCGCCGGAGAAGAAGCACUGGUGCUGCACGAAGCAGGGCAGGGGAUGUGAGGGCUCCAGCCCGCCUGCCGUGGACGCGGGUGCAGGCAUGAUGUGGAAGCACGUGCAGGUGAAUGGCUACUGGACUUGGCAGGCAGUGAGCGCUGGCGGUGCAGCUGUGCAGAGCCUGCCGUACGACUGCCAUGCUGGGCUCCCCAACUGGCACACCGGCUGGUCAGUGGGCAAGAAGGGCUGGUGCUGCAACAACAUGCGCUUAGGCUGCGAUGGGCCAGGAGCCGGAGGAGCCGGAGGAGCCGGAGGAGUCGGAGGAGCCGGAGGAGCCGGAGGAGCAGGAGGAGCAGGAGGUGGCAGCUUUGGUCACCCGCCGCACGCGGCUGGUGGCGGCAUGAUGUGGCACUGGUCCACUUCCGGAGGAGGGCAUUGGGUGCAAGUCCACAUGUCUGGCAACCUUCCCUUUGACUGCUUUGCCGGCCAUUCCAACUGGCAGUCCGGCUGGUCUCCUGCCAAGAAGGACUGGUGCUGCCAUCACAUGGGCAAUUCCUGCGCAUGA